AAUUGAAUAAAUUCAUCAAAAUUUUCACUAAAAGAAAAAAAGAGCAAGCCAUGGAUCCACAGCAACGGAGAGAGGGAGCUCCGGUGCCACGGCCCCCGACCGGUGAUUCCUCAGCCGUUCUCUCAGUGUUCCUCGCUUUCAUCGUUAUCUUUGCCAUGAUACUGAUCCCAUCAGCUUCAAAUAUCCCAUCGGCUUCAAAUAUCAAAAGUAGCUUAUCCAUUUUACACCAAGUCCCAGAAGGCCAUGUUGGGGUAUAUUGGAGGGGUGGUGCUCUUCUACGUACAAUAACUGGUCCAGGUUUCCAUUCGAAAUUGCCUUUGAUAACCCAGUAUGAGCCUGUUCAAGUGACCCUUCAGACAGAUCAGGUGACUGACAUUCCUUGUGGAACCAAAGGGGGUGUCAUGAUCAACUUUGAAAAGAUAGAGGUUGUUAAUCGGCUUCGUAAGGAAUAUGUGUAUGAGACACUGCGUGACUAUGGUGUGCAUUAUGACAAGACUUGGAUUUAUGACAAGAUCCAUCAUGAGAUCAAUCAGUUCUGCAGCUCUCAUAGUCUUCAACAAGUCUAUAUCGAUGUAUUUGAUCAGAUUGAUGAAAAGAUGAAAGAUGCUCUUCAGGUUGACUGCACACGAUAUGCUCCGGGCAUUGAAAUUAUCAGUGUGCGUGUUACAAAGCCUACUAUUCCAGAUCGUAUUAGACGUAAUUUUGAACAGAUGGAAGAGGAACGCACGAAGGUGUUAAUUGCUAUUGAGAGACAGAAAGUUGUAGAGAAAGAGGCAGAGACAAGCAAGAAGAUGGCUAUCAGUGAAGCUGAGAAAAAUUCCAAUGUUAGCAAGAUCCUCAUGGAGCAGAAGUUGAUGGAGAAGGACAGUGCCAGAAGGCAGGAAGAAAUUGAAAACCAAAUGUACUUGGCUCGUCAAAAGAGCCAGACAGAUGCUGAUUUCUACCGCUUAAUGAAAGAAGCCGAAGCUAACAAGUUGAUGCUUACUCCCCAAUUUCUUGAGCUCAAAUUUAUCGAGGCCAUAGCUGAUAAUACAAAAAUUUUCUUUGGUGAUAAGGUGCCCAAUAUGAUUUUGGAUCAGAGACUGCUGGGGAACUUCCUUCAAGAGGUGUCUAGAAAUAUAUCUAGGAAGGGGAAAGCAGAUGCUUAAAUUCUAAUGGGUGUAGUAGGCACAUACACUGUCACAAAACAAGAAGAAUAUAUUGAUGUGUUUCUUAAACCACAUUUUAGUUUUUCAUAGGGAAAUAUUUAUUUCUAAAGGUAAUCACCAUUUUUCUUGGCUACUGGUGUUGUCAGUCUGUCGAACAAUCCCAUCCACUGGUUGUGCAAAACCAUGCAAUUACAAACGGGUAUAAAUCAUGUUAUAUGCUUGUUUUUA